AAUGACCCCUGCCUGUCUAACUGCUGCUCGAUACGACUAAUCGACGACUCGUUGAGGUUCGAUGAGUUCGCAACUAAACGGUUGUGGAACCAUCUCUUUUCUAAGGAGAUUUUUUACGAGAAGGAGUUUGUCGUGGGCCCUGAGCAGCCUCCAAAAUAUCUGGAAUCUCGGAGACGGGUCGACUUUAUCAUUGAACGGUUCGACGGCCGAGACUUCGUCUGUCAGGUCAUGGUCGAGCUGAAGAAGGCCAAGUCUGGGCCUCAAGACGUCUUAGAUGCGGAGCAUCAGCUGUACACCGCUUGUUACGAAUAUUAUCUGGAGAACCCCGCCCAGACACGAAUGUGGACGUGCAGUAUAUGGGGUCCCAAUGUCCGCAUCUGGGCUUUCGACGCUGGGCAAGGCUUCCUGACCCCCGCACUCCCGGCCUAUGGCGACACGGGGGACAAAUCGUCCUACCUCGACUUUCGAACGUCGGAAGCAAUUCUGAUGGAAUACUUCGAGAAAAUCAAGCGAGAUCCGCAGCUGCUUGACCAGGUAUUCGAAUCAGACGACAGCAUGACGGACAAUGUGAUCUUGGAGGAGUUGGACCCAGCGAGUGUCACAUUCGCCGUUGCGUUCAAACGGCGAAGCCAGGGACCGAAAAUCAAGACACGAGAGGGCGUCGAAGUCAACACUGACAAGACUAGAUGGGAACCAGCGCAAUGCAUGGUGGAGGGGACGAUGGCUAAGGGCUACAAGUAUGUCGGUAACUCGGGCACUGUCUAUUUCUCGACGAAUGUCGAAGAUUGGUUCUAG